AUGGAUAAACAAUCAUCGUUAAUAAAAAAUUUAUUCUUGGAAAACCUGUUGCCAAAAUUAUUUAUCUUUGAUCUUGACUAUACGAUCUGGCCUUUAUGGAUCGAUACACAUGUUUCUGGUCCUGUUUUCAAAGCUGACCCAAAGAAACCUUUUAUUGCUCUUGAUGGAUAUUCCACAAAAAUUCAAUUAUAUAAUGAUGUUCCUAAAAUAUUUCAACUUAUAAAAGGUUGUUCAGAUACCAAGUUAGCAGUUGCUUCCAGAACCGAAGAACCAGAAUGCGAAAUGAUUUUUUUUGAUGAUGAAUCACGAAAUAAAAAUGUUCAACAGGAAUUAGGUGUUUAUUUUGUCUAUGUAAAAAAUGGAUUAACAAUGGAACUUUUUUUGAAUUCAAUAAAAAAUUUUGCUAAACUUAAAAAACAACAAUUAAAAGAAGAAAAAUAA